AUUUCCAUCUUUCAGGAGCCAGAUUUUAUUGAUGAUAUAGAAGAAAAAACUCCCAUUAGCAAUGAAGUAGAAAUGGAAUCAGAGGAGCAGAUUGCAGAAAGGAAAAGGAAGAUGACGAGAGAAGAACGGAAAAUGGAAGCUAUCCUGCAAGCUUUUGCCAGACUAGAAAAGAGAGAAAAAAGAAGAGAACAGGCUUUGGAAAGAAUCAGCACAGCAAAAACUGAGGUUAAAUCAGAAUGCAAGGAAGCACAGAUUCUCAAUGAUGCUGAAUUUAUUCAGGAACCAGCAAAAGAAGAAACUGCCACCAAGCCUACCCCAGCCAAAGUUAAUAGAGCUAAACAGAGAAAAAGCUUCUCACGGAGUAGAACUCACAUUGGACAACAACGCAGACGACACAGAACUGUCAGCAUGUGCUCAGAUAUCCAGCCAUCUUCUCCUGACGUGGAAGUAACUUCACAACACAAUGAAACUGAGAAUGCUGCACUGGUAGCUGAGCCUGAAGCAGAAACUGUUGUUACUGAAAUGGUUACUGAAACGGAAGCUCCAGCACUUAAUAAAUGCCCUACUAAGUAUCCUAAAACAAAGAAGCACUUGGUCAGUGAAUGGUUAAGUGAAAAGAGUGAUAAAACGGGGAAGCCUACAGACAGUCCAUCAGAAAGGCCACUACGCAUAACUACGGACCCUGAAGUUCUGGCUACUCAGCUGAAUUCUUUACCAGGUCUCACUUACAGCCCACAUGUAUAUUCAACUCCAAAGCACUAUAUUCGUUUUACUUCACCAUUCCUUUCAGAAAAGAGGAGGAAAAAAGAUCCUGUGGAAAACAUUACUGGCUCUUGUAAGAAGCGUUGGUUGAAGCAGGCUUUGGAAGAAGAAAAUUCAACGAUGAUUGAUAGAUUUAAUUCACCAUCACAAGAGAGAUCUAGAAGUCCAGCCAUCAAUGGUGAAAAUAAAAGUCCUUUAUUGCUGAAUGACAGCUGUUCCUUAACAGAUCUAACCACACCACUAAAAAAACGAAGACUCUAUCAGCUGCUGGAGUCUGCAUUCUCAGAAACCUCCACACCUACUCCUUCUCCAUAUGCCACACCGACUCAUGCUGACAUCACUGCCUCCGAGCCAUCAUUGUUUGCUACUCCUCCUAGGGUAAAAACGGAAGAUGAAGCUUGCAGAAAUGGUUACAAACCCAUCUAUUCGCCAGUUACUCCUGUAACUCCAUGUAUACAUGGAAAUACCAUGCACUUUGAGAAUAUUUCCUCACCUGACAGUUCCCCAGAAGUAAAAAGGCGAGCUUACAGUCAAGAGGGCUAUGACAGAGCAUCAAUUCUAGCGCUGAAUUCUUUCCGAAAUUCCAACCUGACAGACAUGGGCCUGCAAGAAAUCAAGACUAUUGGAUAUUCCAGUCCAAGGAAUAGGACUGAUGUCACACGGCAGUGCACUGGAGAAAUGGAAUCUGUGUCAGACCUCCAGCUGGGACUCGAAGUAAUUGAGCAAAGUGCACUGCAUAAAAACCUGGAAGCCCCCCCACAUGAUAGGACUGAUUCAAACAGCCAAUUAGAAACUGCUCAUUGUGGACGGGGCACAAUUUAUUCUUCCUGGGUAAAAAGUCCCGACAGGACAGGUGUAAAUUUCUCAAUGAAUUCUAAUUUGAGGGACUUGACCCCUUCACAUCAGUUGGAGGUAGGAGGUGGAUUCAGAAUAAGUGAGUCAAAGUGCCUGAUUCAAGACGAUGCUAGAGGCAUGUUCAUGGAAGCAUCUGUUUUUUGUACUUCAGAAGAUGGAAUUGCAUCUGGCUUUGGAAGGACUGUUAAUAACGACAACUUGAUGGAUGGAAAUUGCACACCCCAGAAUCCUCCACAGAAGAAAAAGGUAUCCUUACUAGAAUACCGUAAGAGACAACGAGAAGCUAGGAAAAGUGGCUCAAAGACAGAGAACUUCCCCCUGGUUACUGUAUCUCCUCAUGCUGCUGCUGGAGGAAAUAUAAGUAGUAACAAUGGUGCUAAUGAUGGGUAUAACAACAGUGGUGAAAAUGGGGAGCAGACUGAUAACACUGCAAACCUGCCUGUACCACUGCCAACUACUGCUUAUAACACUGCUCCAGAAGACACUGGCAACAACAGUGCGAUUAAGGAAUCGUCUUCCAGUGAGAAGAAUGAACCAGAAGUUCAGUGGACUGCAUCAACCUCUGUGGAACAAGUGAGAGAACGAAGUUACCAGAGAGCUUUGCUUCUCAGUGACCACAGGAAAGACAAGGACAGUGAACCCGAUCCUGAAAAUCCAGAGCCUCCUUCUGAAUGUCCGUCCCCAGAUACUUCACAGAGGACUUGCAAGAGUCCGUCAAAAGCAAGCAAGCCCUCGUCACCGAGUCCUGUAGUUUCAACGCAGUCACUUGGGAAAACGCCCACAAAGCCGGAUUCGCACUGGGAACCUGCAGCUAGUGCCCCCGAGGCCGAAUGUGCCAAUCACCCCAAAUCCGAGGGGCAGCAAAAACAGCCGACAAACAACGUCCAAGCACUUUCAAAAACCCAUCCAUCUCAACCGCACCCGCGCAGUUCUGCUGAGCAACUCUCCCAUUCACAGAAGUUGCCUUCUGCACCUUUGAAGCUGCAUUGCCCGCCUUCGCCCCAUGUAGAGAAUCCCCCCAAGCCCUCGACCCCGCACGCGCCCGGGCAGCACGGUUACCUGUCACCAAAGCCCCACUCGCAGCAGCUGGGAUCUCCGUACAGACCUCACCACCCGCAGUCCCCUCAGGUGGGAACGCCACAG